AUGGCCCUCUCAAUCAACCUCAUCGACAAUCAUCUCCCUCCAUCAGUAUUCACCUACUCCCAAAACACAUCAGAAGACUUAAACGAACACACUCUCCAAUUCCAAUUCCCCGACUUCACAUUUCAUCUCUGCCUCUCUAUAGACCAUAAAACUCUCCUCUCAAGCCGAAUCCUCGAUACCAACAGCUCAAUACCACGCCGCAUCCUCGAUCCCCUCCGGCAAAACGUCCGCUCCAUCUUCCUCACCCUCUACAACGAAGAUGACGAUUCAUCACAUAUUAGAGAAGAGCAUCUCCAAAUCGCCAUCCUCCAAGCUCUAGAACAUCUCUCAGAAUAUCCUCAAGACUCAGGCCACCAAGCCGCAAAUCCCAACUCCAAAACAACCACCGCUCACACCAAAGGCUGGUCUGCCUCUGAAAUCUCUAGCUGGGACGACAUCAUCUCCAACCCCUUCGGCCUCGACGUCUCUACCGUUCACGACACCGCCUCAUUCCUCCUAGGCAUGACCCCCGAGCAAAUCGCGCAGCAAAUCCCCUCGGCAUGGAGAAUCAUUCACUUCGAGAACAUCAUGCGCGAGGACCUCCUUAAGCGCUUCCGACGAUACCGAGACUACCUCCGCGCAGUCCUCCCAGGACAGCCCAACCUGCGCAAGAAACUCCCACCGCAUUCUUCCCUCGCCGGCCGCUACCACACCACCCUCUCCCUCGACGCCGUCGUCGAAGACGUGGUCAAGCCAAGGCUCACAUUCCACGGCACAAGCCUCCGCUCCGUCCGCUCCAUCAUCCGCAACGGCUUCCUCCUCCCCGGCAAACUCGCCGACGGCAAACGCAUAGAAUCACCUCGCUCCGGAAUCGCCUUCAACCGCGGCAUCUAUUCCUCCCAGUCCGCCGCGUACGCAAUGUCCUACGCCAGCGGCCAGCAACAACAGACGCCGCUAGGAAUGCUCCCCAGCAUGCGAUUGUUCGUCUGCGCGACCGUCAUGGGCCGAACGUAUGGCCCUAAAUCGGACAAGACGCUGGGUUCCGUUCACGGCCCCCUUGUCGGCGGCUAUGAUUCACACUUUGACGGCGGCUAUGAAUACAUCAUCCAUGAAGAGAGAGCAAUGCUGCCUUGCUUUGUGAUUCACCUUGACCUGGGCUCGGAAGAAGCUCUAAAGUCGAUCAGAGCCGCACAGCUCAACCCAGCAUCGAUCCAAGAGACGCCCACGACAUCGAGGGCAUCACGCCUUCACCAAGAGUACGACGAUUCGCCCGGAGAUCGCAAACGGAAGCAACUCGCCCUCAAAGCUGCCGCCAUGAAGUGGUUCCCUUAUGGCUUUGGCACCGCCACGGGGACAAGCUUUGUCAUUGAGGAUAUCGGGGCAACUUCAGAUGAUAGCGAGACGUAUGGCGAUUGGCAAGAAGAUAAACAUGCGUAUGAGCCAAGUGAUGAGCAGUCCGUCGGCUGGGGCCACCGGUCCUCUGGAUGGGAUGAGGAGGAAGGAGAUUUGCAAAAGAGAUUGUUCCUCGAUGAAUACCAGAAAGACCGCGAGAUACGAGUCGAGAGAGGUAACAAAGCCGAACGAAAAGUAGACCAAUAA